GUCUUACUUAACGGUGAUUGCCGUCCAUAUUUACAGAUCUACACUGCACCGGAUUAUUACAAGUUGAUCUCAUUAGAUAUUUUCAGUGGAAAUUCAGAAGUGGCUUGGGAUGAGUUCAAUGUAUUAUCGCGUGACUCGCGAGCCGCCACCACCUCCGCGAUUCGGCUUUAAGAAAGUCGACCAGAAACAACUUCAGGAGAUUUUGUCACGCGUGACAAAACCAAGGCUGAGCACACCGGAUCGACCUGAUACAUCCCGUUCCACAAGUAGGCCUAAAUCUUCUCAAAAUGGCCGACGGAAGAACUAUCCGACCGAACAAGAUUGGCAACGAAUGAUUCGUCGUUUACAGCGCCCUACCUUUAGUCACAAGAUGGCGCGCACCCAGUCACAAAAAUCCAGGUCACAAGAACAGCAGCAUCAACAGCAAAAGGAAAGCGUUUGCUUUAAACUACCCAGGUCCAAAUCUACUAUUCCGACGGCGAGUAAAGGUCUGGAAAAGCUAUGUCGACCCACAACGGCAACAUUAGCGAAGUCUCUUUUCGUGUGUCACCUCUGUGGUGCAAACCCUUCCAGCUCAUCCUCAACAUUUGACUACGACUACACCGAGCGCAAAAAUUUGCAGCCAGAGGAAGUGGAGAAGAUAACGGAGCGAGUGCGUAUGCACACGUGCUCUAGCCACCCAGAAUCUCGCCCAUGCACCCGUGGAGGCGGAGUGGAAUCUCCGGAUUCCAUGAUUCAAGAUAUUCGACUGCCCCUGAUCAGUGGCCUCGAUAGGAGCAAAACUGUGUCAGAAAUUACAGACAGACUUCAGCCUGCACGAUGUAGACAGAACACCCCGGCAGCCACUGUCAUCUCAGUGUCAUAGCGCAUAUAGACUUCGGCCUGCAGAAUAUCGUCAUAUGCAAUACCCUGACAGCUACACAUGUAUUGACAUCCUGGUGUCAUAGAAUAUGGUGAUUGUUCUAUUCAGUACAUAUAAUUGACAAUAUUUAUUCUUUACAUCAGUUUCCGUUGAGUGUCUACUUGUUUUGUAACCUUCAUAAUAUUGCUUAAUGAUGUCAAUACACUACAAUGUAUUUGGAUAUAAGUCCGCUAGGACAAGUCUCUGAUCAAGGAGAACUUGUUAAUAGACAAGACAAAGGCAAGUGAAGGUAGAAAGUGUAUUAAUUUUUGUGUGACCGGUGCAGAACCUCAGAUUGACGAAUUUAUAAAAUAGUAUUUUUUUUUCUUCUCCUAAAUAUUCGGAGAUACGGGUAUGCUCAGUGGGUCUUUGUCUCUCCUUCAUCUGCCUUGUAUAUGACAGAUUAAACUUGAUGUUUUAUUUAUUUUUUUAUUUGAUUGGCGUUUUACGCCUUACUUAACAAUGUUUCACAUACACGGCGGCGGCGGUAGGGCUUAUGAUGGGAUGAAAUCAAACAGCGCCCAGGAAAACCCACGACAGACCUUCCCACAUACCAGCGACCAGCGACCACAUUGGUGAGAGGCUCCUAGGUCAUUUCGUCGCGAUAUCAGAAAGCCACCUCGUUAUUCACGUUAGAAUUUACAUGUAGCUACAUGUAGGGCUGCAAUUAAGUACGCUG